AUGUGUAAAUUUACCAAAGAUGAAUUUGUGACUGGAUGUAAGAAUCUCAAAGUAGACUCCAUUAAAAGUAUGCGUUCAAAAUUUCCUGAUAUGGAAGCAGAAAUGCAAAAUAAAGAAUGUUUUAAGAAUUUGUACAAGUGGACGUAUAAGUUUUGUUUAGAUUGUGAAAAUGGACAGAGAACUUUACCUGUUGAUGUAGCUAUUAGUUUAUGGAAAUUAGUAUUUUCUCGCUGUGAACCUACUUUAUUACAAGAUUGGUUAGAAUUUCUAGAAAAACAUCCAACUGUUAAAGGCAUUCCAAAAGAUACAUGGGACAUGUUUUUGAACUUUGUGGAACAAGUUGGAGAUGAUUUAACUAUAUAUGAUGACACAGAGGCAUGGCCUAGUCUUUUAGAUGAUUUUGUGGAACAUGAAAAUGAUAGGAAAAAUCAAAAUGUAAAAACAGACUAG